AUGUCAUCGUAUUAUCCAUCAAAACGAUCCUUUAGAAAGAAGCAUGAAUUACCGUUAUCCAACAGAAAUCAAACCAUUGGUAAAACUAGCAUCGAAAUCAAUUACUCUGUUCAAAUCACUGAAAAAAAAAAAAAAAAAAACUGCAUAGCUGCUGCCACAGAUCCUCAGUAUUUUGGCUUGAAUCCAAAGCAACUAUCACUCGUUAUCCUCGUCGUUCAAAACAGCAUGUUGGUGUUAUUGAUGCGGUAUUCUCGGACAUCGACACAGCCUGAUCAGCCCAUCUACAUUGCCUCCACAGCUGUAUUUAUGGCUGAACUCAUCAAAAUCGCUACCUGCUUAUAUAUGCUGUAUGUGCAAGAAAAAUCCUACAGACGUUGCAUCCAUAUGCUCUACUUGGAAAUAGGCCACAAACCUCAAGAGAUCGUCAAAAUGUUGGUUCCAAGCGGUCUUUAUGCACUGCAAAACAAUUUACUCUAUAUUGCACUCAGUAAUCUGGAAGCAGCUACGUUCCAAGUAACAUAUCAGCUCAAGAUCUUAUCAACUGCUGCAUUUUCAAUUUGGUUACUUGGUCGGUCGUUGAACAGAGAGAAAUGGCUGGCCUUAGUACUAUUAAUGAUUGGUGUCACACUGGUACAAACGGAAAGUGUAUCUUCUUCUAGUACAACGUGCGCCAAUUCAGACAGCAAUACUCAAAGACCUUUAGUGGGCCUACUAGCUGUAUUGACAAGUUGUGUCUCUUCAGGUUUUGCUGGUUGUUAUUUCGAAAAAAUACUCAAAACCUCUACCACGUCCAUGUGGAUCAGAAAUAUCCAGCUGGGUAUUUGCGGUGCGUCGUUCUCUUUCAUUGGCAUGAUGGUAUCUGAUUUCAGUUCCAUCAGAAAUCAGGGCAUGUUCCAAGGAUACAAUGCCUUGACUUGGUUUGUGGUCAUCAAUCAGGCAUUGGGUGGUUUACUGGUGUCUUUGGUUGUCAAGUAUGCUGAUAAUAUCCUCAAAGGUUUCGCAACCAGUAUAUCCAUCAUUUUAUCUGGUAUCAUCAGCUUCUACUUGCUCGAUUUUCAACCAUCCUUUCUAUUUGUCACUGGAACAGGCGUUGUAAUUGCUGCUACCGUCUUAUAUGGAGCUCACAACAAGCCAUCAUAA